AUUUAGUAAAAUAAACAGUUAACUAAUGUUUUCUUGAAAGGACUGCAAAAUGCAACCUGGACAAGUAAAAAGUAACAGAUGGAGUAUUAUGUUGGUCCAUAAUGUUUGUCAACGCGAACUUAUUAUUAUCCAGUACAACAAUCUGAUUGGUUUAGUUCAUAGUACUUUGCACUAGUUCUGAAAGAACUUUGAGAAAUAUAAUGAGUUUUCAACUAUUUUUUCCUUUUUAGUGUAGUUAACUAUGUGAGGGGAUAAAAAAAACACAUCAUGUGAUAAUGUAGAUCUUCCAAUAUUACCCAUAACCCCCCAAAAAACAACAACUAAAUAUAGCAUCAAAAUACUAUUAUGUUAAUAAGUAACAAAACUAGUUAAGUCUACUGAAUGCAUGGAAAAUUUACCUAGGUCUACCUUUUAGAGAUAUAAGUUUCUUUGAAUCUGUUCUAAUGUGCAAUAUACUUGAGGGAAAUGGGUUUUCAACAUACUUGAAGCAAUUUGACUCGGCACAAAGAAAGCUCUCUAGCUCAGAACUGAGGGAGUGCUUACUAACAACUGGAAUUCUAGUUUGUUGUUAACAUCCUUGUGUGCCCUGCAUUAAUGGUAUAACAAUAGGUGCACUGGUGCAUAUACAUGUACAAUCCUGUUGCACAGACGUAGCUAUAGAAUGUAAUACUAAUAUCCAAGCAAUCUUGUCACCUAAGAAAACCCUGUUUAUAUUGUCAAGAAUCAACAGAUUGUCCUUUUGCUUACAGAUCAAAAAAGACAGUCAACACAGUGUCUGGUGAAGUUACAGCAGAUACAUGUAAAAAUAUGGUUGUCACUUGGAAUAUAAAGACUAUAGCAGGAAUCUACUAUGAGACUAUAUAAUUGUCAUCUUAAGUAUUACAUUAAUGGUGCAUUUCCAUUCAGUUGAACACUAGUUAUGCCUUAGCUUCUAUACAUCUGUUGACAAGUUUGUUUUUCUUUUGCACGGACCUUUCUGGACAUGAAUGCACUUGCUGGGUCUUUUGGCAUCAGGGUCCUUUAUUUCAUGAUGGAAUGAAGCAGUGGAGUUGUUGCAAGAAAAAAAGUCAUGAUUUCAGUUUAUUUCUCGAAAUUCCUGGUUGUAAGACAGGAAAGCACACUAUAGAAAAACCAGUGAUCGCAAAGCCACCUGUUACAAAAAAUAAAGCAAUUCCUGCUCCUGUGCCAGCUCCUAUGACCAAUGCAUCACCGAAAGAAGCCUGUCCUAGAUGCCGCCAGGGAUUUUUUUGUUCUGAUCACGGUUCACAACCCAGAGAAGCAAUUCCAAAAGCAUCAAAUACAGUAACAUCUGUCCCUUCUGAGAGCAAUACGGAUGUACAGCAAGACCAUCCGGCUCCUGUGAAGAAGAAAGUUGAUAUAAAUGAGGCCCAAAUUUGUAAAAACAAGGGCUGUGGUAAGACCUUUACAGAAAAGGAAAAUCAUGACACUGCUUGCAGUUACCAUCCUGGCCCCGCUAUCUUCCAUGACCGGAUGAGAGGAUGGAAAUGUUGUGAUAUUCACGUCAAAGAAUUUGACGAGUUCAUGAGCAUAUCGCCAUGCACCAAAGGAUGGCACAACGCCGACCCAGUGUCCUAAUAGAUAGGCUCACGGAUGAGCCAGCCAUAACCUGUUUGUUGCAUCAUUUAUCGAUCAACUGCCGUUGCUAGUGUGGAAAUUGUUACAAUUUUACUUUCAGUCCAUCUGCAACUAGUUCUUUGUGUCUGUAAGGUGCCAAAGGACAAUUGAAACUGGACAAUCUAUAAUGUCUGAAUUUUUUGAUAGACAAUUUGGAAAAAUAGUUCAGUUGAUACACUA